CCUAUCAACAUUCAUAGUAGAAGCUUUCAACCAGAACAAACAUGUCUGCAGAACCUCAAAGAGUGGUGGUGAUCCAGGAUGCAUCAGGGGAAUGUAAUCCGGGCGCAAUUGCAUCCAUCUUUGAAGGCUUAUCACUUAAGCCUGGAGACAAACUUACAGUUAUAGGAGUUCUUCACCAGGUUAAUAACCCUAGUACGUUAUUUUUCAGGAGACCUGGGAAACUCCGUAAGCAUUGAUACUUUUUUUGACUCGUAAAGGAAGCGAAAAAGCAUGCAAGAAAAUUCAGAAAAUAUUUUAACAAUAAAAAUCAGUUGUAUCAUACAGAAUAUCACUGGUUUCUCCUCUAUCCCUUCCUUUCCUCUGUCCAAACACCCAUUUCUUAUCCUCCUUUCCUUUUUUCUUUUUCAGUGGGAUACAAAAUCAAGGUGGAUUCCACUUCCAUGUUCAGCACAAACAACAAAAUUGUUGCAGAAGAAGUUGCAAGGAGGCAGGAAGAGUACAUAAAUAAUCCAGAGAUUAUGGAGAUCUCUAAGCACUGUGAAGCAGAAGAGAUUCAGUUCGGUAUAGAGGUACUUGCAGGCUCCUCAUCAAGGACAGUUGCCUUAAAGGCUGCCAGAAAUUUGAAGGCAACAUGGGUAAUACUUGACAGGCAUAUGAAAAAAGAAGAUAAGUUUUUCAUGGAUAAGCUCUAUUGUGGCAUAUCAAAGAUGAAGCGCAACAACUCUAUCGAGCAUUUGAGAGGGCCAAAAGUAAGAAAGGACAAUAAGCAUGAACACCCUAUUACAGCCAGACCCAGAAGAGACAGAGACCAAGUAACCUAUGAUGAAAUGAUACCAGGAAGUCCACCACAAGUAGAAACUCCUAGCAAAUCUCUAAGCCCACAUAGGACCAGCUCAGUAAAAGAAAAAGUAGGCGAUGAUCGUGCAGAACUCUCAUGGAAUAGUAAAAAGAAAAUUAGCUCUUUUUCUAGAUCCUCAUCAAAUGAGCAGCUCGCCUCAAAGACUACACCAUCAAGCCUAGGAAAUGUUGAAGCUUCUAGUUUUCCCCAGACACAGUAUUCACCCUGUUGUCAAUGGGAACAGUAUGCUACAAACUCUGAACAGGACUCCGCAGUAGAACAAUCCCCAUUUGGCAUUGAUCACUAUAAUCAAGAGAAGGGCCUUAACACGGGGACUCCAGACCAACAAAAGCAGCAAGUCAUCUACAAUGACUGGAUGGGAGACAGUUCAAAAGAUGAGGUAUUCAAAAAUUCCAUCUGCACGAUGUGCAAAAACAGACGACCAAAGAUAGGAUGGAAGAGGAGCUUCACUUAUGCAGAGCUCCAAGCAGCUACGCACGGAUUUGCUGAUACAAACUUUCUGUCAGAAGGUGGAUUUGGUUCUGUCUACAAAGGAGAGGCGGAUGGGAUGAAAAUUGCAGUAAAGCAACAUAAAAAUGUAAGUUUGCAGGGAGAGAAAGAAUUCAAAUCUGAAGUUCAUGUACUAAGCAAAGCCAGACAUGAGAACUUGGUCAUGCUGUUGGGAUCUUGCUCUGAAGGAAAACAUAGGUUGCUGGUUUACGAAUAUGUCUGCAAUGGUUCACUGGACCAACAUUUGUCAAAGCAUACUCGCAGGCCUCUUAGUUGGGAAAAGCGAAUGAAAAUAGCUUUGGGAGCAGCGAGAGGCUUACAAUAUCUACAUGAAAACAACAUCAUCCAUAGGGAUAUGAGACCUAAUAACAUCCUUGUAACACAUGAUUAUGAAACACUGUUAGGAGAUUUUGGCCUUGCAAGAACUAAACAUGGAGAUCCAGAUCACUCUUCGGAGACGAGAGUGGUGGGAACACUGGGAUAUCUAGCACCUGAAUAUGCAGAAUGUGGGAAAGUGUCAACCAAGACCGAUGUUUAUUCAUUUGGGGUGGUUCUGUUACAGCUUAUCACUGGACUGAAGACCACAGACAAAUUACUCGGAGGGAAAAGUCUAGUGGGAUGGGCAAGACCUUUAUUAAAAGAGAGGAACUACCCAGAUUUAAUUGACCCCAGGAUCUUACACUCCCAUGACGUUCAUCAGUUAUUCUGGAUGGUACGAGUUGCAGAAAAAUGUCUCAGUAAGGAUCCCCAAAAGAGAUUAUCAAUGGACAAGGUGGUAUAUGCUUUAAGUUACAUAAUGGAAGGAGAUACAAUGCGCGGUAUUAGAGACUUCUCUCCAGCAAAAUCAGACUCAGGAGACAGCAUACCAGGCUCCACUGAUUCACAAGGCGAAGGCGAAGGGGAUAAGGUAGAGAAUAGCUCAGUAUACACCUCCAACCAGAUGACUCCACUUCCACCAUCCCCCUCAAUACAGAUCCUGUCUUCCAGAAAUUCAAGCAUAUCUGCACAUCAUGGACAAUCCUACUAUUAAUGAAACCAUCAAUAUAUAGCAAUACCGACGCACACGUCUAUAAAAAUAAUUAUGCGUAUGGGGGUGUGG